CACACCGGUAUAGGUGAAGCCCCAGAUAUCUCUCAUACACUUCAUUGUCGACCAUGGCGUUCGACAUAUCGGUGCUAUGGAAGGCCCCCGAGAUCAACUCCAUCACAAAAAAGGCCCGAAGCAUACCGGUGCUCAACCCAGUCAACGUCUAUGGACGAGUCUUUUUCUUCUCGUGGAUGGGCUUCAUGCUCGGCUUCUGGGCCUGGUACGAUUCCCUUGACCCUUUUGACCGCCCCCCUUGCCCCUGAACUGAACCGAGUGGUGUUGGUAUUUUGGGGACUCUAUAACUGACAAGGCGGGCGGGUUCGCAGGUACACAUUCCCUCCGCUGUUGACGGUCACCAUCAAGAAUGACCUGCACCUCAGCUCGACCGAAGUUGCCAACUCCAACAUCAUCUCCCUGACCGCCACGCUGCUGCUCCGCUUCGUCGCGGGCCCUCUGUGCGACAUGUUCGGCGCCCGCAAGGUCUUCGCCUCGCUCCUGCUCGUCGGCUGCCUGCCCAUCGGCCUCGCCCCCCUCGUCAAGUCCGCGGCCGGCCUGUACGUGUCCCGCUUCUUCAUCGGCGUCCUGGGCGCCACCUUUGUGCCCUGCCAGGUGCUGUGCACCGCCUGGUUCGACAAGAACGUCGUCGGCACGGCCAACGCCCUGGCCGGCGGCUGGGGCAACGCGGGCGGCGGCAUCACCUACUUCAUCAUGCCGGCCGUCUUCGACUCCCUCGUGGCCCGGCACGGCAUGAGCCCGCACGAGGCCUGGCGCGUCACCUUCAUCGUGCCCCUCGUCUGCCUCGUCGCCUGCGGCGCCGGCAUGUUCCUUCUCUGUCCCGACACGCCCGUCGGCAGCUGGGCCGACAGGCACGAGAGCCUGGAGAAGAACCUCCAGGCCCUGGGCCUCAACGACGUUGGCGUCAUGACCCCCUCUGCCUCCGCCUCCGGCUCCAGCUCUGUCUCGGACCGCCCCUCGGACGAGGAAAAGGCAGAGUCUUCCGACGACGACAUUGAGAAGCGCAAGAUGUCGGCCGCGCAGGCCCUCGAGGCCGCCCGCGGCGAGACGGUGGCCAAGCCCACGUUCAAGGACGCCCUCGGCGUCGUCUUCUCGCUGCAGACGCUCUUCUUCGUCGCCACCUACUCGUGCUCCUUUGGCGGCGAGCUGGCCAUCAACUCGGUCCUCAGCUCCUACUACAAGGCCAACUUCCCGCACCUGGACCAGACCAAGGCCAGCAACUACGCGGCCAUCUUCGGGUUCCUCAACUUCUUCACGCGACCCAUGGGCGGCGUCAUCGCCGACCUGCUCUACAACCGCUUCGGGCGCAACCUCUGGAUGAAGAAGGGUUGGAUCACGACCUGCGGCCUGUUGACGGGCGCGCUCCUCAUUGUGGUCGGGCAGGUCGACCCGUCGGAGAAGAACGGGCUCAACAUUGGCGUCAUGGUUGGCAUCGUCACCGUCGCCGCAAUGUUUCUCGAGGCCGGCAACGGGGCCAACUUUGCCCUCGUUCCGCACGUCCACCCCUCCGCCAACGGCAUCCUGUCGGGCGUCACCGGCGCCGGAGGCAACCUCGGCGGCGUCGUCUUUGCCAUUGUCUUCCGGUUCAUGGACAACGGCAAGGGCUACGACAAGGGCCUGUGGAUCAUUGGCGUCGUCACCAUUGCGCUGAACCUGGCGGUGUGCUGGAUCCCGCCGAGGCCCAAAGGCCAGGUCGGCGGGCAGUGAGAGGGAUCGAGCGGGACAGAACGGUGUUUUGGAGGAUUUUGCGCUUGAAGGGUCCUCAGAGCGACGGUCUACUGGGUCCUUUCAGCAAGUGUGUUUUCUUUUUUACCUACGGCAGGCGGGCGUUUUGGCGCUGGAGAUGAAGCUUUUUAGACGAGACCGACCUUAGUAGUGGUUCAUUUUCUACGCAGUACGCCGUAAUGAUAUCCAAAAAGUUCAUCCACC